ACGGUCGGAUAUAAAUAUAACCUCGUGCGCGCUUUGUCGGGUUCGUGUUUUCUCGGGCGUCGCCGCUAAACUCGAUAACAGAAGAGUGAAACUCGCUGACAUCUGCAAGCAUGGAGUGGAAACCGAUGGAGAUAAACCCGGAGAUGCUGAACAAGGUAUUGAGUAAAUUGGGUGUGGGCUCGAGUUGGCGUUUUGUGGAUGUUUUGGGUCUAGAAGAGGAGUCUUUGUCCGGGGUGCCUUCACCCUGUUGUGCCUUGAUGCUGCUCUUUCCAUUAACGCAACAGCAUGAGGAGUUUCGUUCCAAACAGUCAGUUGUCGACGGUAAAGGCGUAUAUUUUCUGAAACAAACCGUGGUCAACUCCUGUGGAACUGUGGGUUUGAUACAUGCUGUGGCGAACAACCAGGACACUAUUGAUUUUGACAACAACUCUGCACUGAAGAAUUUUCUAGAAGCCACCUCAAAAAUGUCUGCUGCAGAAAGAGCCAAAGAACUUGAGAAAAAUAAGGUCAUCCACGAAACUCAUGAUGGGGUUGCUGAUGAGGGAGAGUGUCGGCCAGAGGCAGACAAAGUCAACUUCCAUUUUAUUACAUUUGUCAAUGUAAAUGGUCAACUUUAUGAGCUGGAUGGCAGAGUGGAUGGACCUGUGAAACACGGAGCUACAAAGCCAGAAAGCUUUGUUUUGGAUGCGGCAAGGGUGUGUCGUGAGUUUAUGGAGCGGGAGAAAGACGAGGUGCGUUUCUCUGCUGUGGCUCUUUGCAAAGCCUGAAAAGGAGCCAGAUCACAAGGCCGAACCGUGAGCAAUUCUGGAAAACCCUUCGAUUUCUCAAUACUUACUAUCCAUAGCACAGAAGGCUUGUGCCGCCUCUUGAUACAUGCUACACAAACUGCCUGCAUGUUUGACUGUGAAUUUCUGUUUAUUGCUCUGACUACAAUUCCUAAGCUGUAUGUAAACAUCAGUGUUAAUGAUUUUGUUAAUGUACUGUACCUCAUUUACAGUACAUUUCUUUCUGUGAAUUUUGGGCUGGGGCAAUAUUGAGCAAAACUGUUUUGUGAGCUCAUUGGCUUGAAUGUGUUAGCGGGUGCAAAAUAAAAAUGAUAAUCCGUUA